GCAGCUUGACCAACAGAUUAUUCACUCCAAUAGGAUCUGGUUUAAACCAUGAUUUCACCUCCAUCCUUGAGACUCCGGGUGGGGAUCCUGGUGGUGGUUUUGGUGGUGGUGUCAGAGCAGAAGUGUAUCUUCGAUGAGGUUCAGGCCCAGGCCAGAGUGGUCCAAGCUGCAACCAUUGGGCCCCGAUUGCUCCAACCAACAGACCCUAUAGGACAGAGGGCCUCAGGCAUGAGGAGGAGAAUACUGGGAAUGAUAGCCCCGCCCACUCCUGCCUUCCCCCAGCCAAUCAGGAUACGAACAUGGGUUGUGAAAGAGAGCAACAGCCUGUCGGAGGAUGAGAAGGAGAGAUUGGAGGCUGCGGUGGAGGAGGCUGUUAAAGUGGUGUCUUCUUUACUGUCAGUGUACAGAGUCCGAGGACCGUUGCUUCUCAGCAGAGACAUCAACAAAUACUGCAAGUUUCUCUGGAGGAAUUUAAGUACUGCCAACUACAACAGGUGUGGUCGAGCCAACAUCAGCUACAGAACAGAGACCUGCUUGGAGGUGACAAUUCCGGACGACCACCUGGCUGGAUGUCAUAUUUACCUGGACGCUGAUUCCCCUCGGAGGACUGAGCUUCGUCCUGGAGGUGCAGGACUCCCCGACACUGACUUCCUGCUUUACCUCCACAUUCAGUCCACUGACAAGUGUAGAGCAGAGCCUCACGUGUUGGCCUACGCUGCUCACUGUCAGACGGACGCUCGUGGACGACCUGUGGCUGGAGUGGUUGUAAUCUGCAGGGACAGACUGACCGGAGCAACCUACAGACACCAGGCUGCUGCACAGACUGUGAUCCACGAGCUGUUUCAUGUGCUUGGUUUUUCCAAAGAGCUGUUCCACACCUGGGCAGACUGUUCCUCCACGUCUCAAGUUAAGGGAGCUGAAUGUUCUCCUCGGGGUAAAGUGACUCACUCUGAUGGAUCGGGCCAGAUCAGGAUUUACACCCCGUCCAUCAUCUCAGCCCUGCAGAAACACCUGAAAUCCACUGAUCCUGAGCUCGGGGGACCAUUAGAGAACCAGGAUGCACCUCCAGGCACGGUGUCCUCACACUGGGAGUCCCGUGUCCUUCAGGGCUCCAUCAUGGCAGCGUCGCUGGGAGACUCAACCACAGUCAGGAUCGAUUCGGUAACACUGGCAGCACUGCAGGACACAGGCUGGUACACUGUGGACCUGAGCCGGGCGCAGAGUCUGGUGUGGGGAGAUGGAGAAGGAGCCACAUUUGGUUCCCUGCCAACCUGUCAGAACAAAUCAUCAACCUUUUUCUGCACUGGCAGUGGAUUUGGAUGUCAUUUUCUGCACCUCCACAAGGGGGAGUGCCAGACUGAUCAAUACCUGGAGGGAUGCAGAGUGUAUAAACCCCUCAAGAAUGGAAGUGAGUGCUGGAAAAAGGAGAACUCUAGGCAGUCAGCUGAAGAGGACUUAAGUGGGGAGAUCUUUGGCUUUGACAGCCGAUGCUUCUUUUCCAGCCUGGCGCGGCAGAACCAGAGUCAGCUUCUUUUGUCCAGCAGCUCAGUGAAGGGACGUUGUUACAGACACAGGUGUACCGGACGAAACAGAUACCAAAUCCAGGUGUCUGGCUCUGAGUGGACAGACUGUCCAACAGGGGGCAGCAUUCAGAUAAAAGGAUACCAGGGUUCAGUUUCCUGCCCUGACAGAAGGUUAUGUCUUUACUCUGACAUCACUCCUCCUUCAGACGCCAUCAUCACACUCCCUGCUUCCAUCACCAGUGUUCCCUCUGAGACUUCUGCCCGGUUGUCCCCUGGUAUUAUCACAGCUCUCUGCGUCACCACUGCUGUGUGUUUCCUGGCUGCAGUCCUGUUGUCUUUCAGGAAAUGUUGCUCCUGUAGGAUGAGGAUCCACACUGCUGCUGAGGAUCACAGUAAUCCGUAGCAAACACUUCAAAAACUUUUGAUGUAAUCCUCUGGCGUUGGAUUAAUUUCUUUUGUUGUUUUUUCUGUUUUUUUUCCCUCUCAGUUGUUCAUUAAGGGCUAUACUUAUUAGGUCAAAUAAUUGACUGUAAUAAAUGGAUGCUGUAUCUGUAACCUCAUCUGGUUCCGUUGAGCUAGUGUGAGGUAUGGCGGUCUGUCGUGGGGCAACACCACUGAAGCAAGCACACCACAGGUGGGACAGGCACGGAUAGAAGGACAGCCAGUGACGUUCUUCACAUCCUCGAAGGUGAUCUCUGGACAUGUUCUCAGUAUUUCCAUUUGCUGACUGAAGCAACCGUCUUCUGCACAGCGGUCUGAGUAUGGAGACGGACGUUUCCAUUCCUUCAAACACUGCCAGCAGAACUGUUAAAGGUAUUUCUCUGGAUGGUGUUGGAGCAACAGGGAUCUCAUCGGAUGAUGAUCCGUUUCCCAUCUUGACUCAGUCCGAAUGAAAGAUAAACUGCUGGAUCUGUUCUCCUAUCUGUGUCAUGUGAUUUUCAGUAAAAGGGCGAGGCUCAACUCUACAAUAAAGAAACCAUCCGCACCUUGAAUUUAGUUUCAUAUUCAUUUGGGCUGCUUGUUUUUGAACACUCAGAGUUUUCUGAACCUGCUGUGCUGCAAAAUGAUGUUCCAGCUGAAAGUAAAGGAUCCCAAGGGAAAAGAUAACAUCAUUGAUAUAUGUGACGAUGUGGAAGAGAUGGAAAAAAUCACUGUGAAGCAGCUGGGAAGCAAAGUCAAAGAAGAGCUGAGGAUGAGUGAUGAAUUCCGGAUGGUGUACGGGGCUGAGACUCUAGAAGAAUCAACCUGCCUGAUGUCAUAUGGGGUCAAACACCUCUCGAUCAUCCACUGUCUACUGAUACUACCAGGAGGACUCUAAUCAGCCGGAGCACGCAGAAAAGACAACAGCUGACAGACUCACAAUGUCAUAUCUAUAUCAAUAUUAUAAUCCAAACAGCCUUGAAUUGUUCUGGGCUUGUAUUCUCUUUGUUCUGUCUGUCAUGAAGUAAACACCCUGAAUAUGUUGAUGCAUCUCACAGUGUUAUACUUUUGUGGGCUCACAAAAAAUAAAGGAACAUGAAACAUUU